UUUUAGGACACGCUGUGGAAAUGCUAGGUGAUAUCCCAGAGAAUGACUAAGUUGGAAAAAUCUUCAAUCCACAAGAAGCAUUAUUAACAAGCCUAAGAAACACAUCCUACCCUGAUCCUGGAUUCUGAUGAAGUUGAGGAUUACAGCCACUUCACGAGGAUUUUAUAGAGACAGUUCAAGAAGAAUAGAAGGAAACAAUACUGAAGAAUUUCUGUUUGUAUUAGUCCUGUGCCUUGUUAAAAUUUGGGCUUUGUUUGGAGCAAGUUGGGGACAGAUCUGUCAUGUGGAUCUAAGUGGAUACCUGCAUUCCUUGUACUACAUAUAUGAUAUUUAGAAGGUUGUAAACUCAAAAUCUUUCAACAUAUGAUCAUUAAAUUCUGGAUUCUCUUUCUGUUAAGGACUUCAGCAGACAGAAACUCCCUCCCCAAAAGAUACAAAACCUCCUCUGUGUUUUCAGGCUAAAUGUGAACAAUAAUGUCUUGGAAGAGAAAUUAUUUUUCAGGGGGCCGUGGUAGUGUUCAAGGGAUGUUUGCGCCUCGAAGCUCAACCUCUAUAGCCCCCAGCAAAGGCCUCAGCAAUGAGCCUGGGCAAAACAGUUGCUUCCUCAAUAGUGCCUUGCAGGUUUUAUGGCACUUGGACAUCUUCCGACGUAGUUUCAGGCAGCUUACAACUCACAAAUGCAUGGGAGAUUCCUGCAUCUUUUGUGCUCUCAAGGGAAUCUUUAACCAAUUCCAGUGUAGUAGUGAAAAAGUGCUUCCAUCUGACACUCUCCGCAGUGCUCUGGCAAAGACUUUCCAGGAUGAACAGCGUUUCCAACUGGGAAUUAUGGAUGAUGCUGCAGAGUGCUUUGAAAAUCUGCUGAUGAGACUUCACUUCCAUAUUGCUGAUGAAACCAAAGAGGAUAUAUGUACUGCCCAACACUGCAUCUCCCACCAGAAAUUUGCAAUGACAUUGUUUGAACAGUGUGUAUGUACCAGCUGUGGCGCCACUUCUGAUCCGCUGCCUUUCAUCCAGAUGGUGCAUUACAUCUCUACCACUUCCCUUUGCAAUCAGGCUAUUUGUAUGCUGGAAAGACGGGAAAAACCCUCACCAAGCAUGUUUGGUGAGCUGCUCCAGAAUGCCAGCACCAUGGGGGAUCUCCGGAACUGUCCCAGCAACUGUGGAGAGAGGAUUCGGAUUCGCCGUGUAUUGAUGAAUGCUCCACAGAUUAUCACAAUUGGACUAGUAUGGGACUCGGACCACUCAGACUUGGCGGAGGAUGUCAUUCAUAGCCUGGGUACCUGCCUUAAGUUGGGUGAUCUGUUUUUCAGAGUGACAGAUGACCGGGCCAAGCAAUCUGAACUGUACUUAGUAGGAAUGAUCUGUUACUAUGGCAAACAUUACUCUACAUUCUUUUUCCAAACAAAGAUCCGCAAGUGGAUGUAUUUUGAUGAUGCUCAUGUCAAGGAGAUUGGGCCCAAAUGGAAAGAUGUGGUGACCAAAUGCAUCAAGGGGCAUUACCAGCCUUUGCUGCUACUCUAUGCUGACCCCCAGGGUACCCCAGUGUCGACCCAGGACCUGCCUCCCCAAGUUGAAUUCCAGUCGUACAGCAGGAUGUGCUACGAUAGUGAAGAUUCAGGGAGGGAGCCCUCCAUCUCAAGUGAUACUCGAACAGAUUCCUCAACGGAGAGCUAUCCCUACAAACACUCCCACCACGAGUCUGUGGUCAGUCACUUCUCUUCUGAUUCUCAGGGGACAGUCAUCUCUAAUGUGGAGAAUGAUUCCACGUCUCAGAGCAGUCGGGACACAGGACACCUGACUGAUAGUGAAUGUAAUCAGAAACUCACAUCCAAGAAAGGGUCACUGAUAGAGCGCAAGAGAAGCUCUGGCCGGAUUAGGAGGAAAGGCGAAGAGCCACAGGCCUCGGGGUACCACAGUGAAGGAGAAACACUGAAAGAAAAGCAGGCUCCUAGGAAUGCCUCUAAACCAUCCAGCAGCACCAACAGACUAAGAGAUUUUAAAGAGACAGUCAGCAAUAUGAUCUAUAACAGACCAUCCCUAGCUUCUCAGACCAACCUAGGAUCUCCCAGUGAGGGGAGAGGAGGAGACCAGAUGGACAAAAAACCUCACAGGAACCUGCCUUUACACUCUCGUAACUGGGAAGUAGAGAGUACUAGCAGUGAGUCAAAAUCCAGUUCUUCUAGCAAAUAUCGUCCAACAUGGAGACCCAAACGAGAAUCUCUGAAUAUUGACAGUAUCUUUAGUAAGGACAAAAGGAAGCACUAUGGCUAUACCCAGCUUAGCCCAUUUUCUGAGGAUUCAGCUAAAGAAUUUACACCAGAUGACCUAAGCAAGCCACCUGCUUAUGACUUUAAAACUGGUGGACCAAGCUCACAAUACAAGCCUUGGGGCCCAGCACGGCCAGGCUCUCACCUUCUAGAGCAGCACCCUCGCCUAAUCCAGCGAAUGGAAUCUGGCUAUGAGAGCAGUGAGAGAAACAGCAGCAGCCCUGUCAGCCUGGAUGCAGCCCUGCCUGAGAGCUCAAGUGUCUGCAGGGAUCCAAAUGCUAAGAGAUCAGCUGGGUUGGCACCUUCCUGGCGUCACAUCCCAAAGUCUCACAGCAGUACCAUCCUGGAGGCGGACUCCACAGCAUCCAGGAGUGGCUGGACAAAGAAUCAGCCCCUGUCCGGUGGGGAGAUAUCUUCCAAAAGUGAACUGGAUGAAUUGCAAGAAGAGGUGGCCAGGAGGGCCCAGGAACAAGAACUUCGAAAGAAACGGGAGAAGGAAUUAGAGGCAGCUAAAGGGUUUAAUCCUCAUCCCAGCCGCUUUAUGGACUUGGAUGAACUGCAAAAUCAGGGGAGGAGUGACGGCUUUGAGAGGUCCCUGCAAGAGGCAGAUUCAGUAUUUGAAGAGUCGCUGCAUCUGGAACAGAAGGGAGACUGUGCUGCAGCUUUGGCUCUCUGUAACGAAGCUAUCUCUAAACUAAGACUUGCCCUGCAUGGUGCCAGCUCUAGCACACACAGCAGAGCCCUAGUCGAUAAGAAGUUGCAAAUCAGUAUUCGAAAAGCACGGAGCCUGCAGGAUCGCAUGCAGCAGCAGCAAUCAUCGCAGCAACCAUCGCAGCCCUCAGCCUGCCUCCCCUCACAGGCAGGGGCCCUCCCUCAGCCAACAAGUGAACAGCCUAUCCCGCUCCAAGUAUUGUUAAGCCGGGAGGCCCAGCUGAAACCCUACACUAAUACAGAGUUUGGGGCCAGUUCUUUCGUCUACUCAUCUGCUUCCUGCCAUGAGUCACACCCAUCACUAUUCUCAGAGUCAUCUGCCCUGUCUGCCCCAGAGCAUAAUUCCCCCAAUAGGUCUGCCUCGAACAUUCUUACUUCAUUUGAGGGGGAUAGCAUUGACCUCUCUGUGUUCCAUAGGCAGGGCUUACCUAAAACACCAGGGAGGACUGAGAAAAACUCUCAUCAUGGUUGGGAACCACUGGAUGUACUGGAGGGUAAGCUGCAAGGCUACAGGGAUGACAACAGCAACUACAACAGGUUCUCCCCUCAAGAAGGAAGAGGCAUUGAUCAAGAAGAGCUAUUUCAAGAAAAGAGGGAUCCUGCUGACUCAUCCCAUGUGAUGCCUUGGUCACACCCAACUGGAAAAGCCACCUAUGAGAGAGGAGAUGCACACAGCCUAGGCUAUAGUCCUGCAAGUUCAUCAGCUCAGCCUGGCCUUCCCCUUUACAGAGCCAGCCACUCCAUAAUGCCCUCUGCUUCCUCAUCUGUGUUUCACUCUCUUGAUACUGUGCAGAAAACUAACCAAUGCCUCCAAGCCAAAAGCCCCAAAACUUUGUUGACUUCAAAAGUGGAUGGAGGCAGUGAGGAGCCCUGUAGGCCAGAGUCUCUGGGCACAAAGGGGCUUGUUCGCACUCUAACAGAACAGUUCCAGAGGAUGCAAGGCACCACCACAAGGGAUGGUACAGGUUCCCAGGAUAGAAGUUUUCCAAAUAGUCUAAAAAAGAACUCUCCCCCUUCUGACUCUGAGCCCCCUUUCCCACAGGGUCAAGUGAAAGGUCAUUGGCCUUGGGCAAAACAGCAACCCUCUGUGGAUGGUAGGGACAGACUGGCUUCCUGGGAAGAGCCUUCUGAUCAUCCUUCUCUUGUCAUGAACUCUGGGCUACCUAAUGGUGAAACUUCUUUGGGAGGACAGCCCAGGUUGGCAGAGCCAGGUAUGUAUCAAGGGAAGCCAUCUCAAGUAAGAGAUGCUAGACCUAAGGAAUUGGGCAGCAAUGUUGACUUGGGGACUCCCUUGCCUUUGGAUUCCUGGGUCAGUGUCACAAGGCUCUGUGAUUCUCAGCUUAAACAUGGGGUCCCUGGGUCAGAAAUGAAGCCCUUCUCCAAUAAUCCCCAUACCUGCAUAGCCUAUCCAGACAGAAACCACAUCCUUUUGCAUCCACAUUGGAAUCAAGACACAGAGCAGGAGACCUCAGAAUUGGAGUCUCUCUACCAGGCCAGUCUUCAGGCUUCUCAAACUGGCUGUUCUGGAAGCGGGCAGCAGGAUGUGGCCUGGCAUCUAUUUAGCCAAACAGGCUCUGCUGAUGGCAUGGGAAGGAGGUUGCACUCAGCCCCUGGCCUUGGUCUGUCAAAGAACCCAAAGGCAGAAGUAGAGCAGAAUCUCCAUGAAGCCAGCACAGUGCCUGCUUCUCAGGAUUCAUCAAACACGAGGAAAAAGGCUUUGGAAACCGGGCACCGUUGUUCCAGCUCCUCUUCCCUCCCUGUCAUCCAUGAUCCUCCUGUGUUUCUCCUUAGUCCCCAACUCUAUCCACCCCAACCACAGCUCCUGUCCCCAGAAGUUUUGAUGCCCAGCAUGGCAGGGGAGUCCCAUAGACCCCCAGGAACUUCAAGGAGUGUCCAGCAGUUUCUGGCUAUGUGUGACAGGGGUGAAACUUCCCAAGGGGUCAAGUAUACAGGAACGACUUUGAACUACCGGAGUCUCCCCCAUCGUACCAGAACAGAUUCCUCUUGGGGACCAUGGUCAGAGGCCAACCAGCAUAUUGGGGCUAGAUUCCUGACUACUCCAGGGUACAAACCUCAGCUAACCCAUUCUGCCACACUACCAGAAAGACACCAGGGCCUUCAUGUUCCUCAUGCUCAGUCCUGGGGGGAUCUUUUCCAUUCACCCUUUCAUCCUCCCAUUGUUUACCCUGUGUCCGCACCAUUAAGCAGUCUUCAUGUACCCCUGAGGUCAGCUUGGAAUUCGGGUCCUGUUCCAGGGUCUCGAUCCCCUGGUCCUCGAAGAGUAGAUAUGCCCCCAGAUGAUGACUGGAGGCAAAGCAGUUAUGCCCCACAAUCUGGGCACAGGAGGACAGGGGAACAGGAAUUUCUGUAUGUUUUAGCAGAUGCCCCUGGAAGAGAGCAGAUCAGGGCUAGAGCCCUGCAGCACAGCAGGUGGUAAGGGUCACCCCUUUCCUUUCCUGGAGCCACACAUUUCUCUGUUAAACUGUACCGUGGCAGUUUGUACCCUACAUCCCUGCCAGGUUUGGGCUAGUCUCAUCUCAUUAUAGAGUUGGCAGCUUCUCCUAGGAGUGCCAGAAACCUCUAAUGUGACAUAGCUCUUUGAGAAGGAAUAUUUGAAAUUCCAACUUCCACUCACCUAGCAAAAGGAGGCAGCUGCUCAUUAGGGCUUUAUUUGAGCCACUUUAAAGAUGAAUCCAUAUUACUCUGA